ACAUGAAGCCAUUAUCAUCUCAGGAACUGAAAUGGCCAAACAAAUCCAAAAAGAAAUACAGCAAGGUGUGAAAUCAUGGAUUGCUCUUGGGAACAGGAGGCCCCACCUCAGUAUCAUUUUAGUGGGAGACAACCCAGCAAGCCACACCUAUGUCAGGAACAAGAUAAAAGCUGCUUCGGCUGUAGGUAUCUGCAGUGAGCUCAUUCUAAAGCCAGGGAAUGUUUCUCAGGAGGAACUUUUAGACAUCACUGAUCAAUUGAACAUGGACCCAAGAGUCAGUGGUAUACUAGUUCAGCUACCCCUUCCAGACCAUGUUGAUGAAAGAACAAUAUGCAAUGGAAUUGCCCCAGAGAAAGAUGUAGAUGGAUUUCAUAUCAUCAAUAUCGGAAGACUGUGCCUUGAUCAGCAUUCUCUUAUACCCGCCACUGCCAGUGCUGUUUGGGAAAUAAUAAAAAGAACAGGAAUUGAAACAUUUGGGAAAAAUGUGGUUGUGGCAGGAAGAUCCAAGAACGUGGGCAUGCCGAUCGCCAUGCUGCUGCACACGGAUGGAGAGCAUGAGCGCCCAGGAGGUGAUGCAACAGUGACAAUAGCACACAGAUACACACCCAGAGAACAACUGAAGGUCCACACUCAGCUGGCAGAUAUUAUCAUAGUGGCUGCAGAGCACAGACCAACAACCAGUGACACACUACUGCAGCAAUAAUGUAUUCCUGGGAGACAAAUAGCAUGUUGACAUCUUAGAAACACUAGUGUCCACGCAUAAGACUCAGAAUAU